AUGAAGCCCUAUGAAUGCUUAGAGUGCGGGAAGAGCUUCAGUUGGAGUUCAAGACUUGAUGCCCAUCACAGGAUCCACACAGGCGAAAAGCCCUAUGAAUGCUUAGAGUGCGGGAAGAGUUUCAGUCAGAGCUCAAACCUUAACGCCCAUCAGAGGAUCCACACUGGUGAGAAGCCUUAUAAAUGCUUAGAGUGCGGGAAGACUUUCAAUCAGAGAUCAAGCCUUGACACCCAUCACAGGAUCCACACUGGAGAGAAGCCUUAUAAAUGCUUAGAGUGUGGGAAGAGUUUCAGGUACAGCUCACACCUUUACACCCAUCAUAGGACCCACACAGGAGAGAACCCUUAUAAAUGCUUAGAGUGUGGGAAGAGUUUUAGCAACAGCUCAGCCCUUAACAGGCAUCACAGGAUCCACACAGGCAAGAAGCCCUAUAAAUGCUUAGAGUGUGGGAAGAGUUUCAGUCAGACUUCAAACCUUAACACACAUCACAGGACCCACAAAGGAGAGAAGCCCUAUAAAUGCUUAGAGUGUGGGAAGAGUUUCAGGUACAGCUCAGCCCUUAACACACAUCACAGGACCCACAAAGGAGAGAAGCCCUAUAAAUGCUUAGAGUGUGGGAAGAGUUUCAGGUACAGCUCAGCCCUUAACACACAUCACAGGAUCCACACUGGUGAGUACCCUUAUAAAUGCUUAGAGUGUGGGAAGAGUUUCAACAACAGCUCAGCCCUUAACAGGCAUCACAGGAUCCACACAGGCAAGAAGCCCUAUAAAUGCUUAGAGUGUGGGAAGAGUUUCAGGUACAGCUCAGCCCUUAACACACAUCACAGGAUCCACACUGGUGAGUACCCUUAUAAAUGCUUAGAGUGUGGGAAGAGUUUCAACAACAGCUCAGUCCUUAACAGGCAUCACAGGAUCCACACAGGCAAGAAGCCCUAUAAAUGCUUAGAGUGUGGGAAGAGUUUCAGGCAGCGCUCAGCCCUUAACACACAUCACAGGAUCCACACAGGAGAGAAGCCCUAUAAAUGCUUAGAGUGCGGGAAGAGUUUCAACAACAGCUCAGCCCUUAACAGGCAUCACAGGAUCCACACAGGAGAGAAGCCCUAUAAAUGCUUAGAAUACGGGAAGAGUUUCAGUCAGAGCUCAAACCUUAACACCCAUCAGAGGAUCCACACUGGUGAGAAGCCUUAUAAAUGCUUAGAGUGCGGGAAGACUUUCAAUCAGAGUUCAAGCCUUGACACCCAUCACAGGAUCCACACUGGAGAGAAGCCUUAUAAAUGCUUAGAGUGUGGGAAGAGUUUCAGCAAGAGCUCAGUACUUAACAUGCAUCACAGGAUCCACACUGGAGAGAAGCCUUAUAAAUGCUUAGAGUGCGGGAAGACUUUCAAUCAGAGCUCAAACCUUGACACCCAUCACCGGAUCCACACAGGAGAGAACCCUUAUAAAUGCUUAGAGUGUGGGAAGAGUUUCAGGCAGCGCUCAACCCUUAACAGGCAUCACAGGAUCCACACAGGCAAGAAGCCCUAUAAAUGCUUAGAGUGUGGGAAGAGUUUCAGGCAGCGCUCAGCCCUUAACACACAUCACAGGAUCCACACAGGAGAGAAGCCCUAUAAAUGCUUAGAGUGCGGGAAGAGUUUCAACAACAGCUCAGCCGUUAACAGGCAUUACAGGAUCCACACAGGCAAGAAGCCCUAUAAAUGCUUAGAAUGCGGGAAGAGUUUCAGGGGAGCCUCAAAAUUGUUGCUGCAUGAACGAAUUCACACAGGCAUGAAGCCCUAUGAAUGCUUAGAGUGCGGGAAGACUUUCAGUCGGAGCUCAGCCCUUAACACGCAUCACAGGAUCCACACAGGCGAAAAGCCCUAUAAAUGCUUAGAGUGCGGGAAGAGUUUCAGUCAGAGUUCAGGCCUUGACGCCCAUCACAGGAUCCACACAGGCGAGAAGCCUUAUAAAUGCUUAGAGUGCGGGAAGAGUUUCAGUACAAGCUCAUACCUUAACUCCCAUCACAGGAUCCACACAGGAGAGAAGCCUUAUAAAUGCUUAGAGUGCGGGAAGAGUUUCAGUACAAGCUCAUACCUUAACUCCCAUCACAGGAUCCACACAGGCGAGAAGCCUUAUAAAUGCUUAGAGUGUGGGAAGAGUUUUAUUGAUAGAAAUAGUCUUAAAAUACAUCACAGGAUCCACACAGGAGAGAAGCCUUAUAAAUGCUUAGAGUGUGGGAAGAGUUUCAGCAAGAGCUCAGCCCUUAACACGCAUCACAGGAUUCACACAGGCAAGAAGCCUUAUAAAUGCUUAGAGUGCGGAAAGAGUUUCAGUCAGAGUUCAGGCCUUGACGCCCAUCACAGGAGCCACACAGGCAAGAAGACUUGUAAAUGCUUAGAGUGUGGGAAGAGUUUCACUGGUAGAAAUAGCCUUAAAAUGCAUCACAGGAUCCACACUGGUGAGAAGCCUUAUAAAUGCUUUGAGUGUGGGAAGAGUUUUAGAAAAAGCUCAGCCCUUGACGCCCAUCACAGGAUCCACACAGGGGUGAAGCCCUAUGAAUGCUUAGAGUGUGGGAAGAGUUUUUCUGGUAGAAAUAGCCUUAAAAUACAUCACAGGAUCCACACUGGUGAGAAGCCUUAUAAAUGCUUAGAGUGUGGGAAGAGUUUCAGCAACAGCUCAGCCGUUAAUACGCAUCACAAGAGCCACAAAGGCGAGAAGACUUAUAAAUGCUUAGAGUGCGAGAAGAGUUUCAGGUACAGCUCAAACCUUGACACCCAUCACAGGAUCCACACAGGUGAGAAGCCUUAUAAAUGCUUAGAGUGCGGGAAGGGUUUCAGUCAGAGUUCAGGCCUUAACAAGCAUCACAGGAUUCACACAGGAGAGAAGCCCUAUAAAUGUUUAGAGUGCGGGCAGAGUUUCAGUCAGAGCUCACACCUUGACACCCAUCACAGGAUCCACACAGGAGAGAAGCCCUAUAAAUGCUUAGAUUGCGGGCAGAGUUUCAGUCACAGCUCAAACCUUAACACCCAUCGCAGGAUCCACACAGGAGAGAAGCCUUAUAAAUGCUCAGAGUGUGGGAAGACUUUCAGUGAUAGUUCAGCCCUUAACAUCCAUCACAGGAUCCACACUGGAGAGAAGCCUUAUAAAUGCUUAGAGUGUGGGAAGAGUUUCACUACAAAUUCAAGCCUUGACACCCAUCAGAGGAUCCACACUGGUGAGAAGCCUUAUAAAUGCUUAGAGUGCGGGAAGAGUUUCAGUCGGAACUCAACCCUUCACACCCAUCACAGGAUCCACACAGGUGAGAAGCCCAUAAAUGUUUAGAAUGCGGAAUGAGCUUCAAUGAACAUACAACAUUUAGAAGACAUUAAAGUAUUCCCACUGGUGAGAAUCUUAUAAAUGCUUAGAGUGCAAAAAGAGCUUCAUUCACCGUAGAAACUUUAUUGUUGUGGUUUAUUUGUUCAGUCGCUUCCGACUCUUCGUGACUUCAUUGACCAGCCCACGCCAGAGCUUUCUUUCGGCUAUCGCCACCCCUAGCUCCCCCAAGGACUUUAAACAGCAUCAAAGAAUCCACUAAAGGGUGAAAUCCUUUAAAUACAAUUCUUAGCAUCCUGGAAGAACUUCCAACAUUAUAAGUACCUGAAAUCACAUCAAAGAACAGCCACAGGAAGGAUUUUUUUCAAUCCCAGCCGUUUCCGGAAAGAAGGAAGAUCUUCAAAUGGAGGAGAGCCAUUCCUUUUAAAAGAAGCAAGCCCAGGAGGAAAGACCUUGAAUUAAAAACAAAUAUCCAUGCCACGUUCAGCCGAACAGAUCUGUCGAGGGCUUCUCAGCUUCACUGAGCCACCAGUGUGUUGGGAAAUGAGAGCUGUUAAGGGCCGGGCAGAGGAGUUAUUUUGGCCUUCUGUGUGCCGUAUGGUGUCCUGCGCUGUGGUCAUUUCCAGAUUCCCAAAGACCUUGGAGGGCGGUCAGGGGCAGAGCGGUGGAGCUACACCGCAGAGGUGUCUUUUCUCCUGGACAGGCGCGUGCAGUCUGUGCAAGCGAAGCUGCUCUUUUUUGUUACAAGCGGUGGACUCCGUAGCCCCAAAGGCCUCGUCUCUUGGCACCAUCAUGCAAGUUCCUGGGAACGUUGUACGAAAUAUGCCUGGAACUGUAGCAAACUCACCCUGCUGAUCACUGCAAGAAAUAUGUGUAUGUGCUGAGCCAGAAGCCUUCCCUGAUGCUCCUGCCUGAUUAGGAAAAUGAUCAAUUGGUUUCCAGGUUUGAGCAGAAGUGGACUCGGUUUCGUCCACACCGCCCACAUUGAACGAUAAAGAGCUGACUAAAGCACCCUCUCUGGGACAGGGAUGGCUUGGCCACAGAGGUGCAGGCGCUACGAACCUCAAGGCUGGAUGACUGCAAUGUGUUCCAUCUGGGGCUGCCCUUAAGGCUGCUCCGGACGCUGGAGCCAGUUCAGAACGCAGCAGCUCGGCUGUUGUCUGGGGUUGACCCUAUUCGGCACGUAACUCCUUUGCUGAAGGGACUGUACUGGCUCCGUAUCGGCUACAGGGCCUGGUUUAAGAGGGGAGUGUACAAAGCUCUAAACAGUUUGGGAUCAGGAUACAUGAAAAAGC